AUGAUCCUCGAGGAUCAGAGAGUCCUUCAUGAGGACCUCGAAAGGCUGGAACAAGCGAUCGCGGACCGCAUAUUAGAAGACCCCAAGCACAUACGAGGCCGCCUAAACCGCGACCACCAAAUCUCCGGCUUCCUCUCACGCAUACAAGAUCAAUCCAAGCGGCUCAUCGACAUCUACCAAGACAAAGAUGGCUCGCGCACGCAAGAAAUCCAAACCAUAUCCACCGGCGACCCCUUCGACGCCUUCUACAAGCAACUCCACAGCAUCAAAGACUUCCACCGGCGAUAUCCCAACGAGCCCGUCGAGAAUCUCGAGCGCGCCUAUAAGCGACGCGCCCCCGGCGACGACGGACCCGCGCCCCCAGACAUCGACAACAUGUUCACGGGGGAAGAGGGCUACGGGCGAUUUUUCGAUUUGACAAUCCCGCACGAGGAUUACCUGAACCUGCCCGGCGUGAAAGGCGCGCGACGCCUCACGUACCUGCAGUAUCUAGACACGUUCGACACCUUUGCGCCGCCACAGUGCCCGGUCCGACGUCCUGACAAGAUGACAGAUGCGUACUUCCGAUACGUCGGCGGCUUGGCGGACUAUCUUGAGUCGUUUAUGCGGCGGACACGGCCGUUGGAGGAUCUGGACAAAUUCUUCGCAAGCCUGGAUGCCGAGUUCGAUGCGGCAUGGGAGAGGGAUGAGGUUCCAGGGUGGACGGCUGAGGCGCCGCAGAAGUCUGGACCGGCUGCACCGGUAACGGAAGGCGAGGGCGCGGGCAUCUGGUGUCCGGACUGCCAGAAAGAAUACUCGAACGAAAAUGUCUAUAAGCACCACCUCUCUAGCAAGAAGCACAAGAAGGCCGCCGAAGCGCGCGCGGCGAGCGGCGAACAAGCCAGCAACGGCGCAUCAAACGGUGUAGCCAGCAAACAAGCCGCGAUUGCGAACCGCUUAAAAGAGCGCGCCGUCGCGGAGCGCGAAUUCCGCAUCCGCAAACUCGCCUCCGCGAUGCAGACCGAGCGCUCCGACACGCGCGUCAACGUGGAACGCAAAGCCGGCAUGACGGAUCGAGAACGGCAACAAGAGCUCGCAGCGCUCUACGCCGAGACCUCUGAGCCUGCAGGCGGCAAGCGCGACGACGAGUCCGACUCGGACGGCGAAGAGAAGAUCGACAACCCGCUCAAGCUGCCGCUCGCGUGGGACGGCAAGCCGAUCCCCUUCUGGCUGUACAAGCUGCACGGGCUAGGGGUCGAGUUUCCAUGCGAGAUCUGCGGCGGGCAUGUGUACAUGGGGCGGAGGGCGUUCGACAAGCAUUUCAACGAGGCGAAGCAUAUUUACGGAUUGAAGUGUCUCGGGAUCACGAACACGAGGCUGUUCAAUGAGAUUACCGGGAUUGAGGAUGCGCUCAAGUUGUGGGAUAAGCUACAGAGGGAUAAGAAGCAGGAGAAGGCGGGGACGGAGAACAUUAUCCAGAUGGAGGAUGGAGAUGGCAAUGUUAUGCCGGAGAAGGUGUAUUAUGAUCUGCAGAAGCAGGGUUUGCUUUGA